CCCUCCGCACGAGGUCCCCGGCUGCCGGCGCCGGGCUCCUCGGCCCGGGGAUCCCCUGCCCUCCGCACGCCCUUUCCGCUCUGGGCACCCGGACCCCGGCCGCCUGACUCCGGCGCUCCGCACCCCUCCCCCCGGCUUUCUCCAACCCGAUCGCCGGCUCUUCCCGCACCCUUCCCGCUGUCAGCGUCCGGAUCCUCGGGCCCUCAACGUAGGGUCUCUGCACCACCACCCCUGCCCCCCGCUCCAGCUCCCGGCCCCAGGCUCCUCCCCAGCCCGGUACCCGGGGCCUGGGUCUUCCGCGGUCCGCACUGCCCACUGCCCCGGCUCUCAAUCCCUUGACCCGGGUGUACCUUCCGCCCUCCCCCGCGCCCCUGCCUCCCGGCUGUCGGCACCCGGGCUCCGCCACGACCCUCACCCUCACCUCCGCCCGGCCCCUCCGCGGGUGCCCGGCCAGCGACCUGGAGUGGGGCGGCCCCGCCCGCGCAGCCACCUCGCCGCAGGUCGCGUCCCCGCUCCGGGCCUGGCCUGGCGUCUGGCUCGGCCCCUCCCGCCCUCACAGUCCGUGCAGUUCUGGAAGUCCCCGAAGGCGCAGGCGGCCUCGGACCUUAGGUGGAGGCGAGGUACCGGGAGGGGGUGCGGUGUGGAGCGGGGGCGUAGGGGCCGGGCUGCGCGGCCUAGAGGGCGCGCCCCGCGGGGCAGGACCUGGAGCCGGGCUGAGCUCCGCCUGCACACGCUUAGUUAGCCUGCACGCGGGCCCUGAGCGUCGCCCCGUCCCGCCGCGGCCCCACUUUUAAGUGGGGUACUCAGCUGUGGCCUGGACUCAUGUCAGCCUUGCCCAGAGCGUGAGCAUUGAUGGGUGCCCUUUAAAUCGAGGGCUGGCAACCUGGUCCGGGGACCUCUGGGAGAGGAUGGUGACCCCCUGGCGUUUUUCUGUUAGGGUCUGCUUGUCCUACCUAAGGGGUUUUGAGCUCAGAAAGGAACUCGGCCUUUUAAGAUCAUCUGGGUGCUCUCGUAAUGCCAGACUCUGUUGGCUUCUGCUUGGCACUUUACCCAAACUUAUCUCGGCCUGUGGGGACGUUGGUGAGGGGGGCCCUGAGAGCGUGUGCCAGCAAAGAGCCGGCUGGAGUGACCUAGCUGAAAAUGGGCCAUCCCAGAGUGUCUCCCAGGACCGGCAGCCAGGAUGCCUCCUUCUGCACCUCCGGAUCUGGCUCCGGGCUGGGGCUCUCCUGAUGAAAUUCUUCCCCCUCCUUCUCUUCUACCCCCUCACCUACCUGGCUCCCAGCAUCUCCAGCCUCUGGCUCUAUCUGCUUCUGAAAGCCACGGAGACCUCAGGCCCAACAUACAUCAAACUGGGCCAGUGGGCCAGCACCCGGCGCGAUCUCUUCUCAGAGGCUUUCUGUGCCCAGUUCUCCAAGCUGCACGUCCGGGUGACCCCCCACCCUUGGACUCACACUGAACACUUCCUGCGGCAGGCGUUUGGGGAGGACUGGGGGAGGGUCCUCUGCUUUGAGAAGAAGGAACCUGUGGGCUCAGGCUGUGUGGCCCAAGUGUACAAAGCACGUGCCAAUCCUGCCUUCCUGGAGAAUGUCAGCAUCCGGAGACUUGCUAAGGCCUCCCGCCUGCAGCCUUCUUCAGAAGCUGGGGCAGUCGGGAGGCUGGGAGAGCUCUUCGGACCCCUGGGAAAGGGGUGGAAGUUGCAAGGAAGUCUUGCUGACCAGUCAUUUCUAGAAAGGCUGCUCCUCCCUAAGGCUGACCCAGAUGGAUCAAACGCAGUCACGUCUCAGUCUUCAGUGCCUGCCCGCCAACCUGAGCCAGAUCACCUUAUCCCCGUGGCAGUGAAAGUGUUGCACCCUGGCUUGCUGUCUCAGGUGCAAAUGGACCUGCUGCUGAUGAAGAUGGGCAGCCGAGUCCUCACACUUUUGCCAGGAAUCAAGUGGCUUAGCUUGCCUGAGAUUGUGGAGGAAUUUGAGAAGCUCAUGGUCCACCAGAUCGACCUGCGUUACGAAGCUCAGAACCUAGAACACUUCCAGUGCAACUUCCUGAAUGUGAAUUCUGUCAAAUUCCCCACCCCUCUGCGUCCCUUUGUCACCAGGGACGUCUUGGUGGAAACAUACGAAGAAAGUGUGCCUGUGUCCAGUUACCAGCAGGCGGGCAUUCCCGUAGACUUGAAGAGGAAGAUUGCACGGCUGGGGAUCAACAUGCUUCUGAAGAUGAUAUUUGUGGACAACUUUGUCCAUGCAGACCUCCACCCUGGGAACAUCCUGGUCCAGGGUGCUGACGGUCUUUCUAAGAGUCAGGAGGCACGGCUACAGCAGGUGGAUGUCUGUGACACGCUGGUGAUGGCUGUGACGCCUGCCCCGUGCCCGCUGCGCCUGGUGCUUCUGGAUGCUGGCAUUGUGGCCGAGCUGCAGGAUGCCGACCUGAGCAACUUCCGGGCAGUUUUCAUGGCUGUGGCGAUGGGCCAGGGCCAGAGAGUGGCUGAGCUCAUCCUGCAUCACGCCCGGGCCAGCGAGUGCAGGGACGUGGAGCGGUUCAAGGCCGAGAUGGCCGCCCUGGUGACUCAGGCCAGGAAGAACACCAUCACCCUGGAAAAACUUCAAGUUUCCAGCCUUCUGUCGAACGUCUUUAAGUUACUGAUGACUCACAAGGUAAAGCUAGAGAGCAACUUCGCCUCAAUUGUGUUUGCCAUCAUGGUGUUGGAGGGGCUUGGCCGCUCCCUGGACCCCAAACUGGACAUCCUGGAGGCAGCGAAGCCCUUCCUUUUGAAAGGACCAGCGUCCUUUCGCUGAGCGCAGCACAGGCCGGCAGUGGGCUUUCAUCUCCGAACCGAAGGCCACCCCGGCAGCCUGUCCUGUGGCUGCUUGGACACUUUCAAAUUGGUGUGCGUGGAAGGCAUGCCGAUGUCCGUCACUCUGACUUGGUUUCAGGCAUCUGUUUGAAAAGAUCUCUUGUCAUUUGGGGGAGUAAAGGUUGUGGAAGCUGUGGUGGUGUCAGGGGGACUUUCAGGGAAAAUGUUCCGUGGAGGAGGACAAAUAAACUCCGUUAUUUUGUUUU